UCUUUUUGUUCUUUUGUUCUUGUUUUGGCCCUUUGAGUAUCUUUUUAAACAAAUAACAAUAAAACCUUUCUUUUUAGCUUUUUUUGUGUGAAAGAUAAAGCAGCAGAGAAAAGAGGAAAAAUGGCACUAGAAGCUGUAGUUUUUCAGCAAGAUUCAUUUAAUCACAUCAACAAAGAUCUCUACAGCUUGUUAGAAGGGAAUUCAAGCUAUGAAGGCAAGCAUUUUCCUCAUCAAAAUCAAGCAUCUAAUGAAGCUAAUAAUGAUUUCGUCAACGGAGGUUAUUGGGUUUCUUCCUCUUCACGAACUUCAAUUGAAGCUACUAACAAUGGUAAUGGAUCGUCCUCCGUUGUCGGCUCGAAGGCGAUGGUCGAGACGGCUUCAACUCGUCCCAAGAGACGUCGCUUCAAGACUCGUAGAAACAAGGAAGAGAUUGAGAAUCAAAGGAUGACUCACAUUGCUGUUGAGCGCAAUAGGAGGAGGCAAAUGAAUGAAUAUCUUUCUGUUCUUCGUUCUCUCAUUCCUCAAUCUUAUGUUCAAAGGGGUGAUCAAGCGUCGGUCAUCGGAGGGGCUAUCAAUUUCGUGAAAGAGCUUGAGCACUGUGUCCAGUUGUUAACUGCUAAGAAAGAUGUGAAGGAAAGGUCAGAUGGAAGUACUAGCGGUUGUUCAUCACCUUUCGACGAGUUCUUCAUGUUCCCACAGUACUCGACUCCGGGCGACAAUUAUCCGAUCCCGAUGAACGAAUCGACGGCGGCCGAGACUCGAUCUGCCAGAGCAGACAUAGAAGUCACCAUGGUGGAGAGCCAUGCAAACCUCAAAAUAAGAUUGAAGAAUGGCCCGGCACAGCUAUUGAAACUGGUUUCGGGUUUGAACAGUAUGCGUCUCAGUAUCCUCCAUCUCAAUGUCACCACAGUUGAUCACACCGUACUCUAUUCUCUCAGUGUCCAGGUAGAAGAUGAUUGUAAGGUGACUGCAGCGGAUGACAUAGCUACAGCAUUAAACCAGUUGCUAGGUAGGAUUCAAGAAGAUGCUGUGUUGAAUUGCUUUUCAUUCCAUAAUCCCCACUGUAAUUUAUAGUUUCUUCUUUAUUUAGGGUAAUUUGUAAUUUGUUCACUUCUAACGCAUAUCUAUCUUCCAAACGCAACUAUUCAAAUCGUUAUAUGUAGAAUUUAGAAUUGUCUUC